AACUCCCCUCCCUCUCUCCACCUCAGGUCAGGGUCUCGUGCGCGUUCGUCUUUCCUCUCCUCUCCGCACGACGCCAACAAUUCUGUCGCCGUCGCCGAUGGCCAAGGCUCGCAGGCAGCCGCUAGCCGCCGCCGAGCGGCUCCUCGGCUUCCCCUGCGGCGGUCUGGGCGGCGCCCCCGCAGGCAUCGACGACGACCUGCCGGACCUCGCCGAGGCCGACAUCUGGUACUACUCGGCGGAGGGGCCCGGCCCCAACACGACGGCCUCCCGGCAGGGGGAGGCGGAGGAGGGGACGACGGGCGUCGGGCGGCGCGCGGUGCAGGGCGGCCUGAGCCGGGCGUUCGGGGACGGGAGGCAGCUGGCGGCGUCGGCGCCCGUCGAGGUGCCCGCCUGGCCGAGCCGGUUCGCCGUCGAGCCGGAGCCGGCGCUGCCGCUCGAGACGGAGGAGGAGGAGAAGGACGACGGCGCGGGGUGGGUGCCGCCGCACUUGUACCUGGCGCAGCGGCAGGCGCGGGCGUCGGUGGUGGAGGGCGCCGGGCGGACGCUCAAGGGCCGGGACAUGUCCAGGGUGCGCGACGCCGUCUGGAGCCGGAUCGGCUUCGACGGCUAGCUAGCUGCACCCGGCCGGCCCAGACCCAUCGAGCUGGCCGGGCUGCACCGAUUUCGAAUUUUUUUGGUUCUCGAUUUCUUUUCUUCUAAUUUUGGGGUGAAAUCUUGUAACACGGUUUGCUUGUUUUGUUAUCGAGGAGUUAAGUGAGGCGGAAAUUGUGAAGGAAUUUGGUUGGAGGGUAGUUUCUUUAUCGCCUUAAAAAUGAUCGAAAUUGGAAUUUCAUGUCUUCUCUUAUGCUAA